AUGGCAACAGAGACCGUAUCCGACACUACCGUGCCAAACCAUGACGAGACCAAGUCAACAGAGUUCGAGAAGGAUCAGAAACGGUACCAAGACCUGAUCACCACGUUGCCUCACGUGAAAGGCUGGAGGCCCAAAGCUCCCCUAAUUGGGUACGGUGGUCAUUGGUGGAUACAGUUUUUCCUUGAAGGUACCCUUUACGCACGAGAGUUCUUCCAAGCGCGACCCAAAGACUUCCUCGUUUGUAGCUACCCAAAGACAGGUUCUACUUGGCUGAAAUCACUAACAUUCGCAAUAGCCAAUCGAUCUCGCUUCGAAGAUUCCACAAACCCUCUCCUCAAACGUAACCCUCACGAACUUAUUCCUUUCAUUGAGAUCCAGUUCCCUCAGUUCCCUAACAUUGAUGUUCUCCAAGACAAAGGGAACCAUCUUUUUUCAACCCAUAUGCCACACGAUUUCUUACCCGAUUCGGUUGUGAAGUCGGGUUGUAAGAUGGUUUACAUCUGGAGAGACCCAAAGGACACUUUUAUCUCCAGGUGGAGUUUCUUCCAAAAGCAAAGGUUGGAACAUGGCCCGCUCAAUAGUCUUGAGGAGUGUUUUGAUAUGUUCUGUAAAGGUUUAUGUGCGUACGGUCCUUAUCUUGAUCAUGUCCUGGGUUAUUGGAAAGCUCACCAAGAGAAUCCAGAUAAGAUUUUGUUCCUCAAGUACGAGACAGUGAGAGCUGAUCCUUUGCCUUGUGUGAAGAGAUUGGCUGAGUUCAUGAGUUAUGGAUUCACAGCUGAGGAAGAGAAGAGUGGGGUUGUUGAGAAAGUUGUGAACCUUUGCAGCUUCGAGACAAUGAAGAAUCUUGAAGCUAACAAAGGAGAUUGUUAUGAACAAAGUUGUAAAGAGAGAAUUACAUAG